AUGGACACAUUAAAAUCUCAUGAAGAUCAAUUCCGUGUAAUGUCUGCUGCAAUUGCCAGUAAUCAAUCACGAGGAGGAGACGAUGAUGAAGAUGAAACCACAGAUUCGUCUGAUGGUGGCGGUGAAGAAGAAAGCGCAACGGAAGGUGGUGGAGAAGGUGGGGAAGAAGAAAGCGCAACGGAAGGUGGUGGAGAAGGCGGGGAAGAAAGCACAACGGAAGGUGGUGGUGAAAGCAGACUGUACCCGAUCUGUACUAGAUGGUUCGUCGACUCACAACUUUUGCAGAACCGCAUCAAAUUCCUACAACAACAAUUUCUGCAUGAAGAACCAUCGUUACGGAAUAUGGCAAAACAUAAAUAUAUGGAAAUAUUCACACUGACAAUUCAUGAAUGGAAUCAUCUAUUGAAAGUAUAA